AUGCCAUUGUCUUCAUCUGAGUGCAUCACCUGGUUUGCUGUAACCCUUACCGUGUGUGUUGCUAUAGUAACAGUGAACCUUCUAUCAAUCAUUCUUUUUAUAAAAAACCGCAGUCUUCGCACUCGUGCCAUGUACCUAGUUAUAAACCUGACCAUAGCUGAUAUGUUUGUCGGAGGAUUUGCUCACUUUAAUCUAAUUGUACUCUACUCACUAUACUCAUGCGACAUUGUGGAAAUGAACGUGAGCCUGGAAAUGGCUGUGAUAAUUUUCUUUCUCUACCUCUGGUUUCCUCUGACCUCUCUAACAAACAUUGCAGUGAUUUCAUUAGAUCGGAUGCAUGCAACAAUUCGUCCCUUCAGGCAUCGCCUCAUCAAAAAGUGGGUCUACGGGGUAACAAUUGCUGGUGUCUGGGUUUUAGCUGCAAUGGUAUCAACUGCUUCUUUUAUACUUGGGGUAUAUGGGAAGAAAUUAUGGUUGUAUCUAUGGCAAUCAUACUGUUGUUUGUGUCUUUUAGUUAUCUGUGUUUCUUACUCUUCUAUUGUUGUUAAAUUUUUGUGUGGAGCGCAUCCUCAGCACCAUGGUGCAGCCAACAGACAAAGGAAACUGACCGUAACAUUAUUCAUAAUGACUAUCGUAUCCUUACUGAUGUGGCUACCAUAUGCGGUUUACAUUUUUCUUUACUUUCAAACUAGUAUCACGAAAGUCCUUUCUUUCCAGGAAUUUUUACGUUUGCGGUUUUCUUUAUCCAUUCUAUAUUUUAUGAACUCGCUUGUUAAUCCCAUCGUUUACACAAUCAGAAUGCCAGAGUUUAGGAAAGCUCUCCUGUUGUUAUUUAAAUGUCAACGAAGACAAAUUACCCCAGAUAUCACUCUUCAUGCGCUUUAA